AUGAACCCAUUGAAACGAGACAAUACAGGGGAGACACGCGCUGGCGAACAGCAGAAGUGCGCAGCCGCAUGUGCGGGGUGUAGGACUCGGAAAAUUCGAUGCAAUGGCGGAAUUCCAUGUCCAAACUGUGCUGAUCGAUCUCUCGACUGCUACUAUCCUGAGGCGCAACGCCGAGGCCCGCGGACGAGCAAGAACACCAGCAAGCCCGACAGUGAUUUGGCAUCAGACUCGAGCUCACGAUCGAAGUCGGCGCGCACCAGCUCCAACAGUACAGCGAACCAGCGGACGAGCGGCCCUGCAACUGCCAUACGUAGCUCCGCUACUUCAUCCACCGAAGGGCACAAGCCCGUCGCCGAAGGCAGCUCUUAUGAGUCUCUCAUCACCUUCCUGGAGCCAGGCACGCCUCAACCUGUUGCAACCAGAGAACCUCAACCCGCGGCAGUGCCGAUCAGCGAUGCAACUGCCCAGGGUGACCCUGAUCCACCAGACUCGACGAAACUGACUGACUGCGAUACCAGCGCUACACCGGACUGCGCUGAGGAUCUCGUGGAAGGAGUAGUGGGCUGCGAAUACCAUGGCCCGGGCGCCAUGAUCUCCAUCUGUUCAAAAUCCGCCGUCACUUGGAGGAUCUCUGCCAGGUUUGCAUCCGACAUAUCACGCCGCCUCAAGCUGGAUCGCGGCCUGCUGAGCAAAACGGAACCGGAGCCCUCGAAGCAGCUUGCGUGGGCGUAUUGCAACGCAUUCUUCAGCGGCCAGUCCCAGAUAUGGUUCAAGAUGGUACACCAAGCCACUUUCGAGGCCCGGCUAGCUUCAGACUUAGCGGGCGAUAACACGGAGCGGAGGGAUGAUCCGUCCUGGUACGCGCUCCGGAACAUCGUGUACGCCGUUGGAUGCCGCACCCUAGAUUCCAAACUAUCGUCGCCUGACUUGCAAGAGGCCUCACAGCAGAGUAUGCGGUACUUCUGCAACGCGCUAUCUAUGCAUACCGAGUUGCUGUACUCACGUACAGGGCUUUACGCAGUCCAGGCUCUUGCCCUGAUGGUAUGGCCGAUAUCCCCUCUUCCCCCAACACUCCCUGUACGGAAAAUGGCCGGUACUGACCAAGGUCUGCUUGUUCGUCGAACUAGAGUGCCUUUGCUGAAGGGAUUACCUGCCCUUCACUCGACUUUAUGCUCUGUUCCGACGCGCUACGGUUGGCCGAAUCCAAAGGAUUACACAGAGGAUCGUCGGCUUUCGCUCAGGCAGAUCGUUAUAUCCAACGAAACCUGGGGCCAGCACGCCACAGCCACCGGCAUGAUAAAGCAUGCUCGGAUACUAUCUUCGGUCAUCAGAACCCUGAAUGUCAUCCGCUCUUCCAGUUCAAUGUCCGAAGAGACCUUCGCCAUGGUCCAGCGCUUGGACAGCAGGCUGCAGGAUUGGCGCAAUUCUUUGCCACGCUUCAUACAGUUUGGGAUGCUGCCUGGCGCUGGCCUCCCUAAAGGAGUCACAUCCGAGCAAUGCCUCCUUCUAGAGUAUUCAUACUACACCACGCUCAUCCAGAUUCAUUCCAUCAUCAUGGCUCCCUGGAGCAAGGUCUACCAGGAGAAGCCAACAACGAAUCCUAGCCAUCAGGCACACAUUCUCAAAAGCGCUUCUAUUGUGGCAGAAGCAUCCAGAAAGAUCAUCUCGCAACUACGCUACAUCACAGUAAGCCCAGAUACUCCUAAAUGGUCAGGCUCUCCACCCACUCGAGGAAUUUACCCCUUCGCUUCACAUGAUAUGGUGCUAAUCCGAUGGAUUUAUAGGGCGGUAUUGGUGUACCCGAUGAUUGCACUGGUCCAUCUGUUCAUCUUCAUACUGGAGUAUCCCACUUCAGCAUCUGUCGACGCGGACAUCUCCCUGAUGCACGAAGCCGCAGCUCACUUCAACUUCCUGGAAUACAGAACAGGUACCAUAUCACUUCCAUUCGCCAGAGAUCUGGCAAACCUUGAAGUAUUCGGCUUGGAUGUUUGGGACACUACAGAUUGGGACGCGUUCAUUCCCUGGGAUAACGUGCUUCAAGAUCUUGGAAAUGGCUUUUGA